CCCAGCCUGACUACAGGGAGCAGGAGAAGCCCCGGCAACAGCCCGGAUUCGUCUGGUGAGUCUCUGACAAGUGCUGUGGUUCGCGCAUUAGGCUUGAGUGGCGACGAACUGGACGACACAGUGGCUUCAGGCCUCUCCAGUGCGGGAGAAGGAGAUGAUGCGAGUUCUCUUAGUAGCACAACGUCACAACUUAUUCAUGUGCUUGUCCAGAAAAGAAUGGAGAAGGAAGCUAAGACGGGAAGGCGAUAUCGUGGAUCUUAGUUCGUAUUAGUACUAGAGGUAGUACAUUCUUGUACUCAUUAGUAGUAGUAGUAGUAGUAGUAGUAGUAGUAGUAGUAGUAGUAGAAGCCUGAUGCUAGUAGUAGAAGCACAGCUCUUAUACUUCUCAUCACUUAGCGGCACAACACAUUCUUGAAACCCUGCUGCAUGUUGCUUGUCAUGUGAUAUUCGUCCCUUUUGAAAUCUAAGGAGCAUUGUUCACUCUGUGCGUAGCACGAUGAAACAAAAAACCAAUUUACAACAACGACACUUGUCUUUCUCUUAAACGCAUAGAUCAUGAAUCAGACUGCUACUCAC